AUGUCGACCUACGAAAGCGAACACAACACCACCGACCUGGCCGUCAACAAUAACAGCCCUCGCCGCCGUCGUCCCGAUCUGUCCACCUUCUUUGCAACACUCUCCGAGAUCACCCCAGCUCCUGAUCACCGUCCUCAUGCUGUUCCCGUCCCGGGCGAUGUGAGCGCCGCCUUUUACUCGCUCGCAGAGGCCUUUGAGGUUAUGCGCCGCCAGGCCGCUGAUCUAGCGACCGAACGCGGGGAUGGCGCCGAUGGCGAGGACCUCUUGAACCAGAUGAUUCAAUCGCUCCUCAGCGAAGCGGAUACUCCUCCCCGGGAAGUGGAGGGAGUCAGCGACGAGUUUUGUGAUAUGCUCGAACGUGUCCCCAAGGCAUCCCUAGACGCCUCCCAAAUUUGCCCUAUCUGCAACAACCCCUUCCUCGACGAUGAGUAUCCACUCGUUGUCCAGCUGCCCUGUCACCCAACCCACCUCUUCGACCUGGAAUGUGUGCGGCCCUGGCUCAGACUGCGGGGUACUUGCCCGCUAGAUCGGACAGACUUUGCCAAGCAGCUGCGGGAUAAGGCUGAAGAGCGCAAGAAGCUUGCUGAGGAGGAUGAAGAGGAGGAGUGGGAUGGCAUGUACGGCUAA